AUGCAAUGCAUAUGCCCUCUUGAAAAUAAUUCUUUUACAAAGGAAAUAAGAAAUAACAAGGAAAUAGUUAAACACCUUAAAAAAUGCCCAUUGUUUUUAAAAAGUUUGUAUUAUCACUAUAGCCCAUUUUAUUUCCCUCAUAUAAAUGAUAGUAUAUAUGCCUUAACAAAAAAGAUUAAUGAAAAUGAAGGAAAAAAAAUUAUAUUAUAUACCGAAAUAGAAAAUAUACUAGAUGAAUAUUACAAACUUUUCAAUGAUACAAUAUUAGACAUACUUAUAAAGAAAGAUAUAAAUAUAAAUACAUAUGAACUAUUUAUAAAAUUAAAAUAUAAAAUACUAUUAAAAUGGUUUUUAAAAUAUGGAAAUAAAGGUUUAUUUGUAAAAUUAGAAGAUAGUGAAUCUUUAAAAAAAAUUAAAAAAAAAUUAAAUCAGGAAAAUUUAAAUAAUUCCUAUAAUUUAAGUUUAGAAUAUAUAGAAAAGUUUGUAAACAACUAUAUUGAAAAUGUGAAUAAUCAAAUUGUAAAAACACGAGGCCCAUCAUUAAGUCACAAUGAUGAUGAGGUAGACAAAACAAAGAUCUAUUUACAACCCAUUUUAAGUUUAAAAUCCAUAGAAAACAUCCAUAAUUAUAAAAUAUGUAAAAGUAUUGUACACUUUAUAGAUAUGACUAUAUUUUGUUCAGACACAAAAGAAGAUGAAUUUUCAAUCGACAAUGCAGAAAAUAAUAAUAGGGUCUAUAACAAAGAUGAAAUAUUUAGUUUAAUUAUUUAUUUAACUAUAUAUUUAUGUUGUAAAACAAGUAUUCAAAAGAGAGUUAAAAAUAAUAUUUUAUUUGGAAGCCAAAAAGAAGAUUCAUCUUUACAUAAAUCUAUUCAUUAUCUUUUAAAAAAUAUAAAUAAACAUGAUAUACAAAAUAUAAAUAUGGUAUUUAUUUUCCUUUAUUUUAAUAAAUCAUUUUACAAUCAUUUUGAAUCUCUAAUUAAUAAGAAAGAUAUAUUUUAUAAUCAGGAAAAUAUUCAAACAAAUUUGUUUAUCGAGUUAGGGGCAGGGAAAGGAAAUACAACAAGAUGGGUUCAUUUUAUUAUGAACAAUUUAGUAGAUAUUUUAGAAUUAUAUUUUAAGAAAGACUGUCAAAGAUUUCGUGGUUCUACUGCAAAAAUGGAAAAUGAAACUAGCCAAGCGACUAAUGACAAAGCUAACUGCGAAGGUAAUGGCAAAACACAUUCUCAAGACCCCAAACGAAGUAGAUGCAAAAUUUUGAUCAUAGAAAGAGAAGCAUAUAGAAAUAAAAAAGAAAAAAAAGGAAUUUUUAUGGAAAUGGAAAAUAAUAUUCAAAAUAUUUUAAGAGUAAAAUCAGAUGUUGGGGAUUUUAAUUUAUUUCAACUUUUAAAUUUUUUAAAAAAUAAAAAUCAAAAACAAGAAAAUCGAUACAUAGUUCCAGAUAUUAUUCAAUAUUACUAUUACAAUGGUAUUUAUAAAAAAAAUUCUAAUAUUGGGUUUGUAGAAAAUGAUCAAACAAAAAUUGGUGAUAUAAAAAAUGUAGAAAAAACAGGAUCUGCUACUAAAACUGAUCUCAUACCUUCAGACAAUAUUUUAAUAAAAAACCUCCAUUUUAUAGAGCAAUACUUUGAUGUACAUGUUCAAAAGUUAUACUCAUUUCUUUCACAAGGAAAUAAUAAUAUUUUUAGAGUAUAUGAUAAUAUGGAAUUUUUUUUGAAAAAUUUUGAGUGCCAAAAAGUUUCAUUUUUAACAAAGCAUUUGUGUGGGAAUGGAACAGAUUUAGCUCUAAGGAUGCUAAUAAAUAAUAUAAAAAGUGAUAGUACAGAGAAUUAUUUUAUCAUAUCUACAUGUUGUCAUCACAGAUGUGAUGUUGAUCAAAUUUUAGGAAUACAAUAUUUAAUGGAUCUUAAAAUGGACAUCAAAUAUUUCCAGCAUAUUAUUCAUCAUAUAUCAGGAUAUGCCUCUUGUGCAAAUAAAGAGAAAAGACAAGUUGGAAAAAAAAUAAAAUUACUAAUAGACUUAGUCCGAAUACGAUAUCUUAUUGGGCAAGGAAUGAAGAAUGCUUAUUUAGUUAAAUAUGUAAAUCAGUCCAUAACCAUAGAAAAACAUGCUAUCCUAUUUUUUAACAACAACCCAUUGGAUCUCAGGGAGUUUAAGUCGUACUAG